GUUCUGGCCUGCCAUCUAUCAGUCUAUAGGAAAGGCCAUGCUAUUUUGAAAUUGCGAGCCGUGGUUGAAUCGUGUGUGGCUUUUCCGGUCCGGGGACUCGUUUUGUUUGCUGCUAACGGUUUCCACUGACGUGUUUAAAUUUAGCCCCCGGUGUAUGGCAGACAAAGCACAGAUGAUGCUGCACAAAAUGGAGAAAAUGGUGCCGUCCGCUGAGGACGAAGAGAAGGAGAUGGAGGGAGAGACAGAUGAAGAUGAGGAAGAAGAAACAGAAGAGGAAGAAGAAAGAAGUGAGAGGGAAGAAGAUGAGGAAAAAAAGGAGCAGGAAAAGAAUCCCUUACCUGAUCAUGAUGAGGAGAAAAAGGAGGCAGAUGUGCUGAACCUCAACAACGAGGUGGUGAAGAUGAGGAAGGAGGUGAAGAGGGUCAGGGCAUUGAUCAUAAGGAAGCUGACACGUCAGAUUGGCGUGCUGAAGAAGAAGAAGGGGAACGAGACCGAGAUGGAGAGGAAUCAGAGGAGAGCCGCCAGACUUCUGGAAGAGAUUCACGACAUGAAGAACCUCGUACCCGAUCAGGUGACCAAGACCGCCUUACAGAAGAAUCUCAGCUUUGAGCAGGUUUGCAAGAACCCCAAGUCUACCAUAUCUGACCGGGCCAUCGCUCGCAUCGCCACCCACCCUCAAUUCAGCAGGAAGAUUGAGAACAUCAAAGCAGCUGUAAAAGCCUUCAAAGAGGAGCGGACGAAGAGCAGGAAGCGAGGAGGAAAGGAAAAAGUGCAAACUCAAGGGAAGGCAGUGGAAGGAAAGGUGACUCUGCAGUUACAAGAGAAAAAGGAGGGAAAAGAGGAGCUUAGGGAAAACAGUGAGGAGGAACGGCUUAAAGAGAGUGAAGAUGGAGCUGUUGCCGAAGUCGGAGAAGAAACGGAGAAAGGUGGAACUUCUGAUGAUCACGCACAAAAAAAGACAGAGCCUAAGAGUGUUAGAGCAGCACCAGGAAAAACUAGUGACAUAAAGGAGAUUGUGAAAAAUAAACCUCCAGUUAAAAAAGAGAAACCCAUUAUCCAGGCUGAGCCAGCUGAGGAAGAGAGCGAUUUAGAGUCAUUCGGUGAUGAAGAGAAAGAGUACUUUGAUGACAGCACGGAGGAACGGUUCCACAAGCAGUCAUCGCAGUCGGAGGAGAGCGAUGAUGAUGACGGCUUCUUUGUAGGAAAAGUGAGCAAAUUCAAGAAGAAAAAGAAAAAGCCAAAAGACGAAAGUAUGGAGAAGAUGGCGGCGGAUAAGAGAGCUGAGGCAGGAAAGGACUCUGCUGAGAACGUGUCUUUGGACAAGCUCGAGAAUCAACUCAAUGAGCUUGAAUCUAGGCUGAAAUCAAAAGCGACCAAGCUGGAGUCUCUCUUCUGUCCUUCUCUGGCUGGGACCAAGGCAGCUGGGGGUAGAGGUGCUGGCAGAGGGAAAGGUGGAGAUAAAUUUAGGAAACACAAUAAAGAUUUCAAUAAACAGCCCAAGUUCCAGAAGCCGGAGAAAAGUUCAGGGUCUAAGUACAGCAAGCCCUACCCCGAUGGCAAACACCCCGAGUCUGAGGAUAAGGGCUUUGCUACCGCUAGCAGAGGAAGGAGACAAGGCAGAGGCGAUGUUCUGAGACAAAAAGAUCACAGGGGAGGAGGUGUCUUCUCACAUCGGGCACCACAGCAGGCACUGCAUCCAUCCUGGGAGGCCAGUAAGAGAAGGAAGGAGCAGCAAGGACAAAUCCUGGCCUUCCAGGGGAAGAAGAUCAAGUUUGGUGAUGAUGAUGACUGAAAGUUGUUGGCUGUUUGUGUAAAGUUUAAAGUUCAGGGAUGAUGUGUUGGAAGGUUUAAACUCUAAGAUGCAACCUGUUCUGUGAUAGCUUUGUCAGUGCGCAGCAGUUUAAGCAGUGCAUUCAUUCUAUGGCUGCACUAUGGUAACGGGACAAAUUUGAAUGUAGGACACUGGGAAGCUGUUUUUUGUGUAUUUGAACGUGUGCACAUUUCAGGUUUUCUGUCCUUUUAAUUCCAGCGAUGGUUUUGUGAUUAUGUUAUCCACUUUUUUUAAGUCCUUCAUUAUUAGACAUGUUUGAAUAAUACAGUUGUAAUCUUGACAGAAGCAUAUUGUGCCAUUUUUUUGCUGUAAAGUUUUUAUCUACAAUAUUGUGUAAAUGUCUUGAGCCACCACUCAUUUCAGUACAUUUUCCUUCCAAAGAGACAGACUUGUAGGUUUUUUUUUUAAUGUAGUUCUGACCGGUAGUUUAUUUUUGUACAUUGGCUUCUUCUUCACCCAUUUUCAGUCCAGUCCUUGUACCUGACCGCUUUAUAGAGGAAUGUAUUUUCUCUCUCGCUCUUUUGUUAAGCUGCUUAACACUGAUUUAUGACUCAUUCAAGCAUAAAAAAGACACCUAACUCAGUGUUCUGCCUACACAACUGACAUCUGAGUAAAGAACCAAUUUUAAAUUGUA